CUGCCCGGCCCGGCCCGGAUGGUGCUGCCCGGGCCCCGACCCGCGCCCUGAGCCCGGAGCUCCGCAUGGACCCCCGCGGGAUGCGGCGCGUCCUCCUCCUCCUCAGCUUCCUCCUCGCCGGUGCCGGUGCGGGCCGCGUGGAGGUGCCGAGCAGCGUGACGGCCGUGCUGGGGCAGGACGUGGUGCUGCCGUGCCGGUACCGCGCGCAGGAGCAGGAGCAGGUGGUGCAGGUGACGUGGCUGAAGCGCGGCCCGGGCGCGGCGCCCGCCGAGGUGGCGGUGCUGAACCCGCAGCACGGCGAGCACGUGCAGGAGGCGUUCGCCGGCCGCGUCCUGCGCCACGGCCACGGCGACCUGGAGGACGGAGCCAUCGUGCUGCGCAACGCCGUGCAGGGCGACGAGGGCGACUACGAGUGUCACCUCAUCACCUUCCCCAUGGGCAGCUUCGAGGGGCGGCUGACGCUCAGGGUGCUGGUGCCGCCGCUGCCCAUCCUGAACCCGGGCCCGCCGCUGGAGGAGGGCCAGGGCCGCACGCUGGCGGCGUCGUGCACGGCCGAGGGCAGCCCGGUGCCGUCGGUGCGCUGGGAGACCGAGGUGCGCGGCACCAACGCCACGCGGCGCUCGGCCCACGCGCGAUCGGCCUCGGUCACCAGCGAGUUCUUCCUGGUGCCCGGGCGCAGCAUGAACGGCAAGAGCCUCACCUGCGUGGUGGCGCACCCCGGGCUGCGCCACGAGAAGAGGAUCACGCACCUGCUCAGCGUCGCCUACCUGUCGGACGCGUCGGUGCUGGGUCACACGGCCGAGUGGCAGGAGGGGAUGGAGGGGGCGGCGCUGACCUGCCUGGGGGACGGCAACCCCCCCCCGACCUACAACUGGACACGGGUGGACGCGCCGCUGCCCGCGGGUGUCCGGGCCAAGGGGGACACGCUGCUGUUCCAGCGGCCGCUGGCCGUGGCCGACGCCGGUGACUACGUGUGCCGAGUGUCCAACCGCGUGGCCGCCAAGGAGGCGCGGGCCAACGUCAGCAUCCGGGGGCGUGCCACAGAGGACCCCGUGCGCCGCGUGGAUCUGGUCUCGGCCUCGGUGGUCGUGGUCGGGGUCAUCGCCGCCGUCCUGCUCUGCGUCCUCGUCGUCGUCGUCGUGGUCAUGACCCUGUACCACAAACGCAAAACACAGCGCAUCUCCGAGAAGUACGAGGAGGAGCUGACGCUGACCCGGGAGAAUUCCAUCCGGCGGCUGCACUCCAGCCACAGCAGCGACCCCCGGGCACAGCUGGAGGAGACGCUGCAGCUGCGGACGGAGAGUCGCCAGGGCAGCAUCAGAGGGGACAGCCUGAGAGGGGACAGCCUGAGAGGGGACAGCCUGAGAGGGGACAGCCUGCGUGGCACCAGCAUCUGCUCUGCCAUGAGCGAGGAGCCUGAGGGCCGCAGUUACUCCACGCUCUCCACGGUGCGGGAGAUCGAGACGCAGACGGAUGUCCCGCUUGUCCCCGCUGUCCCCGCUGUCCCCGCGGCGCCGGCACCGCCCGCCCCCGGCGGGAAGGAGCCCAAGGAGGAGGAGGAGGAGGGGGGCGGCGGGGGGGACCCCAUCAAGCAGGCGAUGACGCACUUCGUGCAGGAGAACGGGAUGCUGCAGGCCAAGCCCAGCUCCAACGGCAUCUACAUCAACGGGCGCGGCCACCUGGUGUGACCGGCACCGCGGGACACCCGGGGACAGCAGGGGACAGCAGGGGACAGCAGGGGACAGCAGAGGACAGCCAGCCCCUCCCCGCGCCCGCCCGGCUCUGCCCCCGCUGCUCCGGUCCCCGGCUGUCACCUCCCUGCUGGGGACAAGGACAGUGCCCCAGGUGUCACCUCCCUGCUGCUGUGGGGCUGGGGACAAGGACAGUGCCCCAGGACUGUGUCACCUCCCUGCUGGGGACAAGGACAGUGCCCCAGGUGUCACCUCCCUGCUGGUGUGGGGCUGGGGACAAGGACAGUGCCCCAGGGCUGUGUCACCUCCCUGCUGGGGACAAGGACAGUGCCCCAGGACUGUGUCACCUCCCUGCUGGUGUGGGGUCAAGGAUGGAUUCAGUCCCCAGGUGUCACCUCACUGCCUGUGUGGGGCUGGGGACAAGGACAGUGCCCCAGGACUGUGUCACCUCCCUGCCGGUGUGGGGUUGGGGACAAGGACAGUGCCCCAGGACUGGCUGUGGUCCCCAGGUGUCACCUCGCUGCUGGUGUGGGGUCAAGAUGGACUCUGGUCCCCGGGUGUCACCUCCCUGCUGGCACAUGGAGUUGGGGACACCACCAUGCCCAGGACAUUCUUCGGUCCCCAAGUGUCACCUUGCUGCUGGCACAGGCCUGGGGACACACACGGCACCCCACGAUGUGUCUGGUCCCCAGAUGUCACCUCCCUCUUAUGUGGGGUCAGCUCCAGUUCCCAGGUGUCACCUUGCUGCUGGCACAGGCUUGGGGACACCACUGAGCUCCAGGACAUUCCCUGGUCCCCAAGUGCCACCUCCCUGCCAUCACCGGCUUGGGGACAAGCUCCUGUCCCCAGGUGCCACUUCCCUGCUGUCACUGGCCUGGGGACACCGCCAAGCUCCAGUCCCCAAGUGUCCCCUCCCUGCUGGUUUGGGGUCAGGGAUGGACUCUGGUCCCCAAGUGCCACCUCCCUGCCAUCACCGGCUGGGGACAAACUCCUGUCCCCAGGUGCCACCCAGCCCCGGGCUGGGGACACUCGUGGUGACACCGGGGACCCCCCAGGACCCAGCGGGGCAGGAGCAUCUGUGUGUCCCCAUGGCCCUGGGACUGUGGUGGCACUGGGGACAGCCGUGUCCCCUCCCCCCGGGUUUGGUGGCACUGGGGACAGCCGUGUCCCCUCCCCCCCGGGCUGGGGGAGGGGCUGUACAGCCGUGUAUAGACCCUGUAAAUAAACGACCCGCGGGGCUGGG